UUUUCAUGCCCAUCUUGUUUUAUUUAUUGAAGGAGUAGUGUUGGUAUUCGCGUUUGUUUUUAUUAAUUAUUUUCGUUUAACAAUGACUAUGUAACAGUUCGUCAGUUGGAAAACAGCGUGAAAUCAUUCUCGGCACAUUUUCUUGUUGUGUCUAGUGUCGGACGACUUCAAUUUCAUUCUGAAAACAUGACAAAUCUUGAUGUGAGCAACAGUAGCACAGACAGCAGUUCUGGUUCCUCCUCGGACUCGAGCAGCAGCGGCAGCUCUUCCACUAGCUCCGGAUCUGGUUCCAGUAGCUCAGACUCUGAAUCGUCUACCUCAGACACCCCUGCAGUUGCACAACCUGCCCCUAAAUCACCUGCUAAGCCUGAUGAAGAACCACCAAAGAAGAAGGAUGACUCAAAACCUAGGCAAACAACUAAUAAAAAAGCAUCAUCAUCCAGUGAUGAUGAUGUACCAAAACCAGAGCCACCAAAACCCCCACCGCCCCGUAGACGUUCUUCAACCAAGCCUAAAUCAGCUGCUAGUGUCCUGGCCAAGGGGAAACCACCACGAACAGCAGCAGGUGCCAAAACACCAAAACCAAUACCUAAGACAAUGACUAAACAGCAAACAAAAAAUGACCAGAAAAAGAAGAGUAUAUUCUCACCUGACAACAGUUCAGAAUCUGAAUCAGAGAGCAAAUCAUCAAAGAGUCCUAAAGGAUCACCAAAAAAUAAAAGAGGUACUAGGAAAUCAAGCGAGGACAAGGACACAUCUCCUCCAUCACCGUUGACACCUGCUGAAAAUGAUGAUUCAAACUCCAAAGAUAAUAUAAAACGUAGAAGUGGAAGUAGACCCAGUGGGCCCCCGUCCAAAAAAAUUGUGGACAACAAAAGCGCCUCUUCAUGUUCUUCCAGCCAAUCUUCAGCAGAAACUGUUUCUUCCGAAAGUGACAGUGAACCAACGCCGAAAAAGGAGCCCAUUAAAACUGGAAAGACUAAACCACCUUCUUCAGCUAAUAAAGUUGAGAAAGGUAAAAGCGACUCUGGCGAGUCCCAGGCAAACAAUAUGCCCCGGAAGCUGACGCGGUCCCUGUCGGCCCGCGUGUCACGCAUGGCCACAGCCACGAGGCCCCGGACCACGGACACAGACUCUGAUGUUGACGAAAAGGCUAAUGACAAGAGCAAGGAGAUAAAGAAGAAGGGCCGUCCGCCCAUUUCCCGGUCUCCCAUCGUCGAGCUCACGCCGCCGCAGCCGAGCGAGCGACGCUGUCCCGUGCGAGGUUGCGACUCCACUGGACACCUCGGCGGCAAAGCAUCUCGUCACUUCACCUGGGACGCGUGCCCGCUGUACCACAACGUGACGGGCGCGUGGUGCGUGGCGGCGGCCGAGGAGCGCGCCGCAGCCGCCACGGCGCGCCGGCGCGCGCUCGCCAACAUGCAGCAGCGACCGCGCGCCAUGCCCACCAUAGAGCAGAGGGCGUACCAGCUCAAGGUCAAGGAUAUGCGCUCCAAAUGGAAGGGCAGCCAGGAGCUCCGUGAAAAGCUGGCGGCGUCUGGCGGGGACGACAUGAAUGAAGAGCGAGAACCAAUCCUGGAGGGCUUCGCACCUGAUUACGAUCUGCGGUUGUUCCGCGAGGCUCAAGCUCUAGCGGCUAUUAAGAUAGAGGAGGAGUUGGGAGAUAUCCCUACGGACAAGGGGACUAGGUUCGUGGUGAUGGGCAAAUACAUGAUGGAGGUGUGGUACCAGUCGCCAUAUCCCAACGACGCGGCGCGCGUGCCUCGCCUGUUCGUGUGCGAGUUCUGUCUCAACCACCACAAGAGCGCCACGGGCGCCGAGCGGCACCGAGCCAAGUGCGUGUGGCGACACCCGCCCGGGGACGAGGUGUACCGAAAAGACAAGCUCAGCGUAUGGCAGGUGGACGGUCGGAAGCACAAACAAUACUGUCAGCAGCUGUGUCUGCUCGCCAAGUUUUUCCUCGACCACAAAACUUUAUACUACGACGUGGAGCCUUUCUUGUUCUACGUGAUGACGUGCGCCGACGAAGAAGGCUGCCACGUCGUCGGGUACUUUAGUAAGGAAAAGAAUUCGUUCCUGAACUACAACGUCUCGUGCAUCUUGACGCUUCCGCCGUACCAAAGACAAGGCUAUGGAAGACUACUCAUCGACUUCAGUUACCUUCUAACCAAAGUUGAAGGCAAAGUCGGUUCUCCAGAAACCCCGCUCUCAGACCUGGGUCUCAUCUCCUACCGCUCCUAUUGGAAGGAGGCCCUGUUGAAAAGACUAUGCUCCGCGCCCGGACCUACUUUGUGCAUCAGGGAUUUGAGCAAGGACCUGGCUAUUGCGUCCUCGGACAUUGUGUCUACGUUACAGGAGAGAGGGCUCAUGAAGUAUUGGAAGGGCAAGCAUAUUGUGCUGAAGAAACAGGACGUGCUGGAGGAACUAUCUCGGCGUGCGGAGCGCGCGCGUUGCGUGGAGCCGAGCUGCCUGCGCUGGACGCCGCCGGGCGCGCCGCCGCCGCGCUGACGCCGCGCCCCGCGCGCGCGACUCGCGCCCAGAGCCCGCGCGCGCCAUCUGCCGCGCAGCCGCAGCAGCCAGGCCCGCAGCCUGCUCUAACUCUGCCUCUGCGUGCUCAUAUACACUGUGAGAUCUCUGCUUUUUCUGCAGGGUUAGCACAUGAUUGGCGUCCUGGCGGUCCUUAUGCCAUUGCAUGCCAAGACGUGUGUCUUGGGGCUACAUAAUCAUGUGCUAAAGGUGCUGUUCUUUGUGGACUCUGUAAAAUUAUACGGCGUCUAAUUUCAAAGACUUCACAGCGCGUGUAAAUUAUGGGAAAUUAUAACGGCGACCUUGUCCGUAGAAAAAUGUGGGCAAAAGGAUUUACUUUCCGAUGAAAAAUAAAUAUGAUCUUGGAGCUUUUUUCUACUAACAACUUCGCUGUGUUUUAGUCGUAGGUCAUGGACGCAGCGCGCUCAGUCUUAGGUACUUCUGUUGAAUGUUGGUUAGCUGUUAGUUAGAUCUCUUGCUUAAUGAUUCAAUGUCACUUGCCGCGUAACCUCAAAGUAUAUUAAUAAAUAAUAACUGCUUCUAGAUCUGUUCAAGAUGUGAGCACAGCACAGACCAAAAAGGUACAUUUUGCAUUGAUUUUCCCAGAAAUAGAAAAAAAAUAAAGUCGAGUCACUUUAUCGCUUCUUCGUACAAAUGUAGUCUCUAUAUUCCUGCCUGGAUAUUAACGUCCAAUAAUUCCAAUAUCAUUUAAGCACGGACCGUUCUUUCGAUAUUUUGAUAUUUGGAAACUUGGACAGAGCAAUGGUUAAUCCAUACUAUUAUUAUAAAUGGGAAAGUGUGUGUUUGUUUGUCCGUCUUUCACCGCAAAACGAAGCGGCGAAUUGACGUGAUUUUAUAAAUGGAGAUAUUUGAAGAGAUGGAGAGUGACAUAGGUUACUUUUGUCUCUUUCUAACGCGAGCGAAGCCGCGGGCAAAAGCUAGUAUACAAUAAAUUGUGUUAAACUAUAUUACAAAAUCAAAAUCCAGGAAAAUGGCAACGGCUUUUCAGUUCUUCGGCAUUGUCACUUCAUUAGUUUUAAUUGACAGGCCGUCAGUGGGCCCCUUUUAUUGCAUUUAAGUAUAAUUAUCUCAGUGAAAUGAUAUGUAUCAAAGGCAACUUCAUAUGUGUGUCACCGGCAUAAAUAAGAGAUGAUUUCUGUACCUUGUCGCUUUUAAUCAUUCGACAACUUCGUAUGACAUUUCAAACAAGAUAUUAAUGUGACAAGGUACAGAACUCAUCACUUAUUUAUGCCGGAGCCUGUACUGUGUAUAUUUGCUUGUGGGUUAGUUCACGAAUCUUAGAUACUUACCUACUUCAGGUGAAUUUGGUCAGUUCAGUGCGAGUCCCGCGCUAGCUUUUAUGAAUCUACUUAUAUCUAAUGUGGACAUUUCAGUUCAUUUACAAUGAUGGAACUGAAAGUUCGAACCUUAUGACUAGUUAAGUAAGAUACUCAAACGUCUUCUAAGUAUGUUCAUGUUGUGUAUUAUCGCAAUAAGUGUGGUUGUGUAGAGUAUUUAUAAGAAUCCUGAGAUUUUAUGACUUCGAACUUAAAGUAUACAUGUAACAGGUUAUCUACCUACAUUCUAGGAUCACUUUUUUUCCUGAAGACUGCGGCAUAACACGGGUAAGGAUGGGUAGUCUAGAUACACCAUACUCUCGCGCCAAUCAUGUGCUAAAACUGCUGAAAAUCAAUACUAGUUCAGUUACUUUUAAACAUGAAUUGUUGGUAUUUUCAUUUUAGCACACUUACGAUUACAUAAGAUUUUACUAGUCACACCCGGAUAUGUAGUGCGUAGAUAAUAACGCUUGUAUAUCAUAAGAUUGGAUUAUUAUAGUCUGUUCGUUGUGGUACUACAGACGAUGACGAGUUUCGAGUGUUAGUAUACAGGUUUACGAAUAUGUUAAUCAAUAAUAAUGUGAGUUACAUACCGACGGACAGCUGAAAAGACAGAGAGUCAUUACUGAUAAAGCAAACUGUAAAACCGUUUGUGGAUUUCUUAAGUUCAAGUAUUAACGUCAUAACACAUAACGUCUGCUACUCCGCUUGUUAAGAGGAUACGGUAGCGAAAAUGCUAAAAUGGAAAGGAGCCCCCUUUCAACUUGGGAAUUUUAGUUAAAUAUACAAGUGUUAUUAACUAGAUUUAUCGAAAAAAAAUUGUC